UGCAGAGGGACAUCGGACCAUAAUGACUCCCGAGAAGAACUACAAAUCCCAGAAUCCUUAGAGGCUCUUCCUGUCGUGAGGCUGAUGAAACAGAAAGUAUUGCGGUCGCUGCUGCCGUGUUUCACCUCCAAACGUGUAGAGAAGGGGGGGUGGGCAGGUGGAAGGCAGAACCCUGCAAGAGACCAAAGUAUGAAUGGAGGGGUGGACUAUCUCCUCUCUGAGGAAGUUAUCAAUCUCACCAGAGGACCUUCAGGCUUGGGUUUUAACAUAGUUGGAGGGACAGACCAGCAGCACAUGUCCAAUGACAGUGACAUCUAUGUUAGCCGGAUUAAAGAAAAUGGAGCUGCUGCCCUGGAUGGACGCCUACAAGAAGGAGACAAAAUUUUAGCAGUUAAUGGCAAGGACCUGAAAAACAUGUUGCACCAGGAUGCUGUGGAUCUCUUCCGGACAGCAGGGGAUAGUGUAUCACUAAAGGUCCAACACAGGCUGCUGCCUCAGAAUGGUCCCUCAAGCCACCGAGGAGACGGAGAGCCAGGAGGCAUUCCUUUGGCUGUGAUUUUGGUGCCUGGGCUGGCCAUUGCAGUGGCUGCAGUGUGGGCCUUCUUGAGAUACCGACAGCGAGUGUGACCGAUGCCUUCACCUUUAGGGAGACCUAGAGAAACCUACAGAUCUAUGGAGUAAUUUAAAGAGAGCCAAUCAACACUUUUAUUUUUGGACUGACGUUGGGUAGUGAGGAGAGGAGAACAUCUUCACCUGCUGUAAAGUUAUUGCUGCUGUUUGUAGUGUCAUGUAUUGGGUGACAGGGAUAGGAAGUAUGAAGAUUGUUUAUGAACAAGGAUGCCCCAUUUCACUGAUCUUGCAUCUGAUCAUUUAGUUCCCUUCUCCUUUGUCCUGUGCCCCAUGAAUUUUCACAUAAUUGGUAUUUUAGAAUAAGAGCUGUGAUACAAAGGCCUUCCUAUUCAAAACUAGCCCUUCCACUUGUGGCCUGAUAAGCUGUUUCUGAAUCUUGAAGAAACUUCUAAAUCAAUUCUAGUGCAGGAAGAGGAGCUGGGCUUGGUGUGGGGGGUGAGUCAUCCUGGAGCAUGCAGAAGAUAGCUUUUGCUUGCCAAAAGAGGCUUCUUCAGAGCCCAGGCCUAGCAUCUAAAGUGGGAAAAGUCUUUGGGCAUUUGUGAAUUAAACCUUAUCUGAGAAUAUCCCCUUUCGUUCAAGUUAUCUUACAACUCAUGGAUACUCUGAUUGGUAGUGAUAAGUGAAUAUGUGAUGGGGAAUGUCUGAUUCUUUUCCUUAAUGGGAUGGGGUGGGGUCAUUUUAAUGAUAUGCCUUAGAGAAAAACAUUGGGCUUAAUCCUGUAGGUUUCUUGAUGAUGUUCCCACUAUUGUUAGGCUACUGACAUAAGCAGUGAAUGUCGAGGUAUUGGGGGAAAGGUGUAGUUUGGCAUAGUUGGGGAAGGAGAAGGGGAUGAGAGAAGCCAACUGGUGGAGGACCAGCACCAUAAAUCCAUACUGUUAUAUGGAAGUACGUUGCGCGGAAAUCAGUGGAGUUGGCUUCCAAGUAAAUAUGUAAAAUACUGGGGUACAGGAAGAGUUCCUAAGAGAUGCAAUAGAAGAAUUUUAAGCAAGUGCUGAUAACUAUUCUGGUGCCGAUAGGUUUAGAAGUAUUCAUACUUCUAAAUAAAUGGCAGAAAAGUGUGGAAUGUAAAGGCAAAAUAACCCAUUGGACUACUAGGUGUGCAGCUUUUAGGUAGUGAAAAGCAAUAAUGGGAUAAAAUAUUCCUUUUCCCAAUGUAGUGAUAGCAAGUGAUUUGCUAUUCUCAGAGCCCCUGGGAUGAGAUUGUUGAUAAUACAUUGUUGGUCUAUCCAUGUCUACUACUUCUAUGUUGAAGAGUUGGAUGGUAUGGUUGCUAGGCAUACCCCUGUGGCUAGUAUAUACUCUACAGGAAGAAUAUGGUAAUGAGCUGUAAUUGUAGGGGGGAAAUCUUGCCUGUCACUACACUCACUGUGCAACUGUAGUAGAAGUGACUGUGCCACCUUUUUGAUGCAGUGUGUGUGGUGGGGAGGAUUGAGCUACAAGUUACUGUACUGGCAUUGUGGAGCUGAUUGGGCAGAAUAGGCUGAUCUUGCUGUUGGGUCUUGCAGUGCAGUUCAGCGGGGGAAUCAGCUUGAGCAGACUGUUGGGUGUUCAUCCACUCUAUUGGGCUGGAUGUGCAUCAGUUUCAGUAUAGGCAUGUCCUCUAAUGCCUUCUGGGGAGUAGGAAAGCAUUUUGUGCCCCACCAGGUUUGCCCUAAAGCAGCUGAUCAUGGGUUGGAUCCCAAUCUCUCACCAGCUAGAUUGGAUCCAGAUUAAAUGCUGCUUCUGGGAGAUGAGGGAUGCUGGGGCAUGACAUAAGGGGAGACUGCCCUAGGAAUAGGGAAUCUGUGGAAAUUGCCAAGUUAUUCUGGGUCCAAUACACUGAUUUUUCCCACCCCCUGUCACAACCCAUGGUAUCUCUGAUGGUCCUCUAAACUAAGGAAAGGGUAAGGAAAGGGGAAACACAAAAGAUGGGUUCUAUGAGUGGAACUCUGUUCAAGGUCCUUGGGAUUUAGUUAAACAUCUGAUUUAGCAUUCUAUAGAUUUGCUGAGAGUGGUUCAUCUCUUUGCCCCAGAACUGAUAGCUGCAGUCUGAAACACCUUAACCUACUAAAGAAGUCUAGUGGAACUCAGUGGGGGUUACUUUCAAGUAAACAUUUGCAAGAUUUAUCAAACUGGCUUUUACUUAAACCACCGAAGUACAAAGCAUCUUGUGUAAGCGAUGGACGUCCUGUUUUUAUGCUAUACAUUUCUUGACAGGACAACCUGAAUUGUGGCCUAUAAAAACGUAGUUACAGUCUUUGAGCCUUACUAGCAGGCAACAAUACUAUGCAGGAGAAAAUCUGUAAGAUUGGGAGGAGACAGAACUUCAAGGAAAGCUGCAACAACUUCACUUUCAAGAUGGUUACUUUCCUAUACUGCACAUAUUGUUUGGUGACUUGAAAUCACUGAGGUCAUAUCAGUUUCAGUUUUCUCAGAGCAAAAAUGUUUUUGUAUAUUAAAAAUAUGUAUAUUAAAAAAUAUAAUGCCAAAAAAAAA